CGCCCGGCGGGGUCAGGCAGAGAGAGGGCCGACCGCCACUGCCGCGGGGCUCCAAUGUCAGGGUGUUGGCGAGUCCCCGGUGCCGGUCUGGUCCUGCGAUCUCGCUCCACCCCGGCAUUGCGAAUCCUCCUGCGCCCGCUGGCCAACCGGCGCCCAGCCAGCAGCCUCCAGUCGAGGGUGGGAGGGGGAAGCGGUGUGUUCCCCACACCACCCCCUUCUGUGUCAACUUUCUGGGUGUGUUCCGGUUUUGCCAUCUCAUCUCCAGAAAGACCGUGAAGGAUUUGUUUUGGGGAUGUGGAUGUGUGAUUGAGGAUGGGGAUUGGAUUCACCAGGCUGGACGCUAGUGUCUAAGUCACUUGGACGAGGUUUGGCAUGAUUCCCGAGUAACUGCUGUUGAAAGUCGCAAGGGUGGCGCCUGUGAACUAUCACCGGUCCACUUGGCAGGAUUGCCUUCUAAAGUGGUGACCCCUUGGAGUCGGUGAACCCUUUGGUCGGUGAACGCCCUGGCAUUUCAUCUGGAAAGGCUGAAUCGGUUCUGUCGGACUAAGAAGGCAAUGUUUCCUUCCUGGGCUCUGUAGGUGAAAGUAAGAAAAGUGGAAAACCACCAUUACAGAACAAUGAGAAAGAGGGGAAAAAAGAGCGAGCUGUGGUGGACAAGGUGUUUUUCUCAAGGCUCACCCAGAUUCUGAAAAUCAUGGUCCCUAGAACAUUUUGCAAAGAGACAGGUUACUUGAUACUUAUUGCUGUUAUGCUGGUGUCUCGAACAUAUUGUGAUGUUUGGAUGAUUCAAAAUGGGACACUAAUUGAAAGUGGUAUCAUUGGUCGUAGCAGGAAAGAUUUCCAGAGAUACUUAUUCAACUUCAUCGCUGCCAUGCCUCUCAUCUCUCUGGUUAAUAACUUCUUGAAGUAUGGGUUAAAUGAGCUUAAACUGUGCUUCCGAGUAAGGCUCACUAAAUACCUCUAUGAGGAGUAUCUUCAAGCUUUCACAUAUUAUAAAAUGGGAAAUCUGGACAACAGAAUAGCUAAUCCAGACCAGCUGCUUACACAAGAUGUAGAAAAAUUUUGUAACAGUGUAGUCGAUCUGUAUUCAAAUCUUAUUAAGCCAUUUUUAGACAUAGUUUUGUAUAUCUUUAAGUUAACGAGUGCAAUUGGAGCUCAGGGCCCAGCAAGCAUGAUGGCCUACUUGGUUGUUUCGGGGCUAUUCCUAACUCGACUUAGAAGACCCAUUGGUAAGAUGACAAUAACUGAACAAAAGUAUGAAGGAGAAUAUAGAUAUGUUAAUUCUCGGCUCAUCACAAACAGUGAAGAAAUUGCCUUUUACAAUGGGAAUAAAAGAGAAAAGCAGACAAUCCACUCAGUCUUCCGAAAACUGGUGGAGCACCUACAUAAUUUCAUUUUGUUUCGGUUUUCAAUGGGCUUCAUUGAUAGCAUUAUUGCUAAAUACCUUGCCACUGUGGUUGGUUACCUAGUUGUCAGUCGCCCUUUCUUAGAUUUGUCUCAUCCUCGACAUCUCAAGAGUACACAUUCAGAACUUCUAGAGGAUUACUACCAAAGUGGAAGAAUGCUUUUGCGAAUGUCUCAAGCUCUGGGUCGAAUAGUUUUGGCUGGGCGUGAAAUGACUAGAUUGGCUGGUUUUACUGCUCGGAUUACAGAAUUAAUGCAAGUACUGAAGGAUUUAAAUCAUGGCAAAUAUGAGCGCACAAUGGUCUCACAACAGGAAAAGGGUGUUGAAGGAGUACAAGUCAUUCCCUUGAUACCUGGUGCUGGAGAAAUCAUUAAUGCAGAUAACAUUAUAAAGUUUGAUCAUGUUCCUUUAGCAACGCCAAAUGGAGAUGUUUUGAUCCGAGACCUUAAUUUUGAAGUUAGAUCUGGGGCUAAUGUUCUAAUCUGUGGUCCAAAUGGCUGCGGAAAGAGUUCACUUUUCCGUGUUCUUGGUGAAGUAAGUCAAGUUGGUUUCAAAAUUUUACAGUCUUAUUUUGCCAUACUAUCUACCACUUGGUAAAUUUUACAGUUGUUCUUCUCCCUUCUCUC